UCCGUGUCCCAGUGUUAGUGACGUUUUUGCAGGGCAUACCGGGAUUUAUAGUACUUUUCCACGUUGUCUCUUUCCUGUUAGAAUAUGCUCGCUCUCCGCUUCGUAACUAACCAGAGGUCGUGACUAAAUCAGUCGUAUACUGAGGCUCCUGUUACUGUGAAGAUCACGUACAAUAUACGUCACUGCGUUUGUCAGUUAAGGAGAAACAUUAUAAGAAUAUCUGACAAAUUCAGUUGUGCUGAACAAGACAAUGUCUGACAAGAACCAAACCUCAGACCUUCCUGAUGCGCACAGAGGGCAUCUAGAGGAAAACCUGGGCACUGGGCUAUUAAAUGUGAAGGAAGAGGGUGAGACAGAUGACAUGAAUAGUCAUCAGACUGAAAUACAUUGCUCCCUCCCUGCCGACAAAGAUAACGCUGAUGUAGUGAAAUUUGAGAUAACAGAAGAUCUGUGUGUGACGCGUCAGCUGGGAUCCCCAGAUGAGGAAACCAGUAUCAGUCCAGGCCGUAUAGAUCUAUUGCCUUCAGAUGGCUUAGUGGUUGAGCACGGAGGACAAACAUAUUUGUCUGAUCAGGUGAAGACUGAGGAGGAUGAAGUUCCUGUAAAUACGACUAAAGGUGGAUUCACAAAAUGCAAUCAUUUUGGUCAAGGUCAAAAUCAAAGAACCCACAUGGAAAAUGUAUGUUCUGAAUGUGGGAAAAGUUUUACUAAGAAAUCACAUCUUAUUAGACAUCAAAAAAUUCAUACAGGAGAGAAGGCAUUUUCAUGUUCUGAAUGUGGGAAAUGUUUUACUCAGAAAUCAGAUGUUAUUAGGCAUCAGAAAAGUCAUGUAGGAGAGAAAGCAUAUCCAUGUUCUGAAUGUGGGAAAUGUUUUUCUAAGAGAUCAAAUCUUAAUGCUCAUCAGAAAAUUCAUACAGGAGAGAAAGCAUUUUCAUGCUGUGAAUGUGGAAAAUGUUUUACCAAUAAAUCAUCUCUUACUCAGCAUCUAAAAAUUCAUACAGGAGAGAAAACAUUUUCAUGCUCUCAAUGUGGGAAAUGUUGUAUUCAGAAAUCAAAUUUUAUAAAGCAUCAGAAAACUCAUACAGGAGAGAAAGCAUUUUCAUGUUCAGAUUGUGGGAAAUCUUUUACUCAGAAAUCAAGUCUUAUUGCUCAUCAGAGGAUUCAUUCAGGAGAAAGGGCAUUUUCAUGUUCUGAAUGUGGGAAAUGCUUUACAGAGAAAUCAACUCUAAUUACUCAUCAGAAAAUUCAUACAGGAGAGAAAGCAUUUUCAUGCUCUGAAUGUGGAAAUUGUUUUACCAAUAAAUCAACUCUUAUUCGGCAUCUAAAAAUUCAUACGGGAGAAAAAAUGUUUUCAUGCUCACAAUGUGGGAAAUGUUUUAUUCAGAAAUCAAAUUUUAUUAAGCAUCAACAAAUUCAUACAGGAGAGAAAACAUUUUCGUGUUCAGAUUGUGGGAAAUCUUUUACUCAGAAAUCAAGUCUUAUUGCUCAUCAGAAGAUUCAUUCGGGAGGAAGGGCAUUUUCUUGUUCUGAAUGUGGAAGCUGCUUUACAAAGAAAUCAACUCUUAUUACUCAUCAGAAAAUUCAUACAGGAGAGAAAGCAUUUUCGUGUUCUGAAUGUGGAAAAUGUUUUACCAAUAAAUCAACUCUUAUACACCAUCUGAAAAUUCAUACAGGAGAAAAGCCAUUUUUAUGCUCUCAAUGUGGGAAAUGUUUUAUUCAGAAAUCAAAUCUUAUUAAGCAUCAGAAAAUUCACACUGGAGAAAAGGCAUUUUCAUGUUCUGAGUGUGGGAAAUGCUUUACAGAUAAAUUAAUUCUUAAUAACCACCAGAAAAUGCAUACAGGAGAGAAAUUAUUUUAAUGUGACUACCUAUAGGUAGAUUUUAGUGCCAUUCAUAUUAAAGUUGGGCAUAAACAAGUGCAAUAAUAGUCAAAAGUCUCUGUGUGAUUUUACAUUUGUAUUAAAAAGUUCACCUUAUAGGACUCCUAUUAAACCGGUAUUUGAUAGAAGGCUGCUCUCUCCUCACAAGUAGAUGUCAUAAGAUCUGGAAAAAUAUAGAGAACAAGAGAGGCGCAUGUGUGUACCAGUAACAAUGGAAAUAAGCCAAUAAACGCCCUAAUCAGGGUACUCACAUGUGUGAGGAACACUCAUACAGUGAUAUUAGAGGCAGGCUGGAUGUUUAGCAGUGACCCAGCUCACUGUUCAGUCUUGAUAUACAGGGACACAGGAUCCCAAUAUGUGGAUAAGCAAUGAAAAACAAGGGGCACCUGUGUACCAGUAGUAUAAUGUGGUAUUUUAAAAAACCUAAUCAGGGUACUCACAUUUUGGAGGAGCACUCAGACAGUGCUAUUAGGAACAGGCUGGGUGGUUAGCAGCAACCCAGCUUACUGGUCACCUCGAUAGACCAAAACUCAGGAACACAGAAACAAUGGACCCUAAUGUUGAAAAGAUAACGAUCUCUGCAGAAUAGAACUCCCUAUGGGAGUGAUUGGUAGGUGGUAGGCUAAUUGAGUAAGGUUCCAAAGAUGUUGCUGAGAAUUAAAACCAAUUUAUUAAAAAUGGAUAAAAUGAAUAAAAAUACACAAUGGAACCCUAAGGUGGGAUAUGCUAGCUGCCCACAUUAGCUUCAUGCAACGCGUUUCUGAGCAUGUCAGAACGCUCUUUCAUCAGGAAUAAAAAACAAGCUGGAAACUACCUUUAAAUAUACAAGCCUUUCCAAUCACAUAAGAAACCAGAACAAUCAAAAAAACACAAGCACCUGGGUAAACACCCCCACUGGAGUGAGUUCCUAACAGGUUAACCCUUUGUUGACACUGCAAACUUCAUUGUGACAAGGAGUGAAUAUAAAAUUGUAUAUGUUUAAAAACAAUACCUUGAUGUUUGUAACUGAAAUACUAACUUGAUCAAAGCUAGAACCUAUUAAAUAAACAGAUUUAAUAUCCAUUCUUAA